AUGAUGAAUAGCCGUAAUGGGCAAAUACAUGUAUCUAUUGUUAAUAAAUAUGUUGAUUUUUAUGAAGAACAUAAUAGAGAUUCUAUGGAAAGAAAUGGAUCAAAUAUAAAAAAAAAUGGUGAUGGUAAAAUUUACGAAAAUAAAAUUGAUAAAUAUAUGAAAAAAAAAAAAAAAAAAAAAAAAAAAGAUAAAGGCUUAAAUAAAAUGAAUUAUUUAAACGAAAAAAAAAUAAAAAAAGAUAAAAAAAAAAAUGAUAUUAUAAAUUCUAUAGAGAAAGAAAAUAAUGAUGGUAUGAAUAGUAGUACUAGUUGGAGUACUAACAAUAGUGGUUGUCUUAUUAAAAAUGACUUAAAUACAAAUGAUUAUAAUAAAAUACCAUCAAUAAAAUUAAAAAAGAACAAAAUAAAAAGUAGUAAAGAUAGCAAAAAAAAGCUAAAAAAAAGUAAACAAAUUUUAUUAAAUAAUAAUGACAACAUCAUCGGAUGUAGUGAUAAAGAAAAGGGGGAAAAAGUUUGUAAAUCUAAAUUUAAAGAUGGAACACAAUUAUUUCUUUAUUUAAUUAAAAAAUAUCCAAAAAUUUUACUUAGUCGAAGAAGUUUAUCUUAUUAUUACAAACUUGUCAGUAGAUAUAACAAACGAGUUUUAGAUACAAAAAAAUAUAAAAAUGAAAAAAUAAAAUUAAGAAAUUUAUUAUAUAAAAUAAAUUUAAUGAAAACAACAAAAAGAGAAAUUUCUACUGAAGAAACAGAAGACCCCACUACAAAAAUUAUUUUAGACAAAUUAAUUUCUCGAAAUAAACUUAUUAGUACAAGUAGGGGUAAGCAAAAAAUAAAGAAAAAAAAAAAUGAAAAAGAAAACAAUAUUUAUGAUAAUUAUAUUUCUAAUGUGGAUGGAAAAGAAAUGAAAACUGACAGUAGUUCAGAUGAAUAUAUUGAAGAUAAACUUAGAAAAUAUAAAAAUGAUAAAAAAAAAAUUAAAAAAACAAUUAAAAAAGUUGAAAAAAAAUAUAUAAUGAAUAUUAAAAGGUCUAAAAAUGGAGAAGCAAAUCUCCCUGUGAAAUAUAAUAAGGAUGAAGAUAGUAGUGAAGAGAUUAAAAAAAAAAAAGAGGUAGUUCCGAUUCAGACAGAUGAUGAUAGUAGAAUUGAAAAAAGAGAUGAUGGUUUAGAUAGCAUAUUUAAUCCAUGCCAAGACAUAUUUAAUUAUAAAACUUUUGAAAAUAGAGACAAUAAUGUCUAUAAUGAAAAUGAUGAAGAAGAUGCUAGAGACCAGUAUAUUGCAAGAUUGGAGGAAAAACAAAUGAUAAAAAAAAAUAAAAAAAGUAUUAAAACAAAAAAAAAAAGUCAUAAUACUGAUAGUGAAAGUAAAAAAAAUAAGAAAAUGCAUAAGAAUAGGGAUGAACAUAUACUCAAAAAAAAAAAAAAAAAAAAAAAAAAAAGAGAACAUAUAGUAGAAAAUGAAAGUGAAGAAUUGGAAAAGGAGGACAGCUUGAUAAGUAGUCAAAACGAAAGUGAUGACAUAAAUACAAAAGAAUAUUUAAUAUUAAAAGAAAUAAAAAUGAAACAAGAUAGUCAAAAGAUUCGAUUAAAUUUAGAUGCUUCAUGUUUUGCAUCUAAAGGAGCAGGAUUAUAUAACUAUGGACAAAAUAUUUGUUUUUUUAAUAGUAUAAUUCAAACGAUUGUUAGAAUUCCAUAUAUAUGUAAAGAUUUAUUAAACAAAUUACACUCAUUAAAUUGUGAAAAGAAAAAAAAAAAAGAAUUUUGUUUUUAUUGUAUAUUUGAACAUUUUGGAUAUAAUAUUAUAUCAAAAAAAAAUGUAAUAAAAAAUAGUUUAAUACCUUAUAUAAAAAAAUAUAUAUGCAAUAGUUAUAAUAUAGGGUAUCAAGAAGAUGUACAUGAAUAUUUACGAUAUUUUUUAUGUUCUCUAGAAAAAUCAUCAUUUUUUUCGUCAGUCUAUAUACAAAAAAUGUUUACAGGAGUAACUAAAAAUGUUACUAUGUGUAUGAAUUGUAAUAAUGUAUCUUUAAAAUAUGAACAAUAUUAUGAGUUAUCGCUAGAUAUUAGUUCCGUUAAUAAUUUAGAAGAAGCUUUAAAAAAUUUUCUAUCAAAUGAAAUGCUAAUAGGUGAUAAUGGCUAUUAUUGUGAAAAAUGUAGAAAAAAAAAAAAAGCUACAAAACAAUGUGUUAUAAAUAAAUUACCAAGAGUUUUAACUAUACAAAUAAAAAGAUUUUUUAUGAACUCCAAAUUUAAUAUUGUUAAAAAUCGAAAACAUAUAUCAUAUCCUUUAUGUCUAGAUAUGAAAUAUUAUGUUAAUAAUUAUUACUUAUUUAAAAAUAGUAUCAAUGAUGAUGUUAUACAUUUGUAUGAAAAAAUGAUGUCCGACAAUCAGGCAAAUAAAAAUAAUGACCAACACCAGACAGAUCAACAAUUUUAUAAUGAAACCAAAUCAAACAUUGGACACCCCCCUUCUAAUAAUCCGAAUAAAUUAAAACAAGAGAAUUAUAACAAUGUGAAAAAAGAAAUGAGUCCAAAUGAUUUUUCAACGUUUGAAAAAAAUGAAAAUAAUAGUGACAACAGUUCAGAGGAAUAUAAAAAAUACGAUAAUAAAGAUUUAAACGUUUUAAGAGAAAUAGAAAAUAUAUUUAUACAAUUAAAAAAUGAAAUAUACAUGAAGUUACAAAAUAGACAUCCACCAAUAUCUAGCUUAAAAAAUUUAGUAAUAGAAAAAAAAAAAGAAAUUAAAAAAGAAUUAAAUAAAAUAAAAUAUUUCAAAUUUUAUAAAGGUGCUAUAUUAAAAAUAUCUAAAGAUAUCAAUACAUUAUAUUAUUGUGUUAAAAAUAGUGCAGAAAAAAAUAAAAAAAUAAACUUAAAAACAUUGGUAUUUAAGUAUAGAGUGGAUUAUUACGAGCGUAAACAUAAAGAAAGAGAAAACUCUCAAGAUGAAAUAAAUUUUUUAAAUAAAAAAAAUGAGAAAGACAAUUUUUUUGAAAAUAACAGAAAUUCGAAAAAUGAAAAUAAAGGGGAAGCAAAUUUAAACAAUAAUAAAUUGUAUCAAAAUAAUAAUCAUUUUUAUUAUGAAUUGACUGGGCUUAUUAAACAUAUUGGAUCAGGAACAGAUUAUGGCCAUUAUAUUGCUCUUACAAAAUCGAAUAAUAAUAUUUAUUUGCAAUGUGAUGAUAAUAAUAUUUCUUAUGUUAAUAAAAAGGAUAUUUUAAAUUGUGCAAAAAAUGCAUAUGUUUUUGUUUACACAUGUAGCCAUCCACAGUUUAUCGAUUUUUAUAAUGCAUAUGUGGAUGUUCUUGAAAAAAAAAAGUUUGAUAUAAAUCUCCCAGUUUUUGAAAAAAGGGUUGAAUUUAGAGAAAGAAUAACAAUGCCAAAGAAAAAAUUCAUAAGUAGAUCCCUUUGUUAUGCUAUACGUGGUUAA